GACUGCAUAAACAAAACAUUUUUAUUGUUUUGAAAACAAAAACCAGUGAAACAAACAUCACUUGAUUUGGUCCACAAGUGUGCCAUCAGAUCCAGUCAUACCAAUCGCGACGACAAUCACAUCAACGGUGGCCACAGAUCACCGCUGAAUAAGUCAUGAACAGCUUCCUUAUGGCCACUAAACUCAGGAUAGGAUCCGUUGCCACAAAGACUGUGAGACAACUGUUGACCGCAAAUGCUUACCACAGUUGCCGUCGACCGCAACACCAGAUGCAGAGAUGUCUGUCGAUUAUGGCAUCAAAACAGAGUCCAAUCGGUCGUCAGACAGACACCGCGACCGCCGCUGACAUAAAACAGAAGGAACUGUCGCUGAGGAGGGAAAUGGUGCAGAAGAUCACAGCGACGGGUCCCAUGACUGUCGCGGAAUACCAGCAAAUGGUGUUAACGCAUCCCAUCUCCGGCUUCUACAUGAAGGACGAUGUCUUCGGAGCCAAAGGACACUUCACCACAUCGCCAGAGAUAUCGCAGAUCUUCGGCGAGUUGAUCGCCGUAUGGCUGUUGAAUGAGUGGCAGCGGUACGGGUGUCCCAAACCGUUACGAGUGGUGGAGUUGGGCCCCGGGAGGGGAACGUUGGCGGCAGACGUGGGCCGAGUGCUGUCGCAGUUCUCGCACUCAAAAGACGUGACUUCUUUGCAUUUGAUUGAAUUGUCGCCACAUUUGACGCAAAUCCAGGAGCAGAACAUAUGCGGCACCGUUAGUCUCAUUGAGCGGAAUGAGAGCGAAAAGGACUUCCGACACUCGGCCCUCACGCAGACAGGACUGCCCAUCACGUGGUACCGAUCCAUGGAUCAGAUCGGCUCUAAGCCG